GAUCGAUCUGGGCCACAUGGAUAGCUUCUUACGCAUAUCCUGCCACUACCCAAUGACCAAACAUACCAGCUGUGUGUACUAGGCUGCCGAGUGCUGCUCACCCAGGUCAAGGCCUUCCCCCUUUGCAGUUCCAGGCAAGCAAUAUGGAAGGGGCUGGCUCUCUGUCGGUUCCCUUUCUCCGCCGAGUCCCUCCAGCCCCCUACCAGCUGUGCCCCACACGGGACACUAUGGGUUGACAUUGUGUAGGCCUGCCUUGUAUUUUGAUUGCGGUCUGGUAAGCUCUGUGUGCUUGUUUUUGAGUUAGAUACAUGGAAGUGCUUAAUAUUCUGCUUAGAAUUUCAGCUGUGGGUUUUCUGAAAUAAUUGUUUUUCCUGUCAUUUGUAUUUAAGUGUUGUAAUUUGUGCUACACAGGAUGUAAGUCAGGAAAUAGCCAGGGCCAGUUGCUGCUUCCAAGCCAUAUGUUGAACGCAAGCUCCUCCUUAAGAUCCUUUUUUUCUCCUUCCUCUUCCUCUAAGUGGACUUGUAAGGACAAUUUGCUUUGCAAGAAUUAUGAGAGCUGCUAAAAACUUGUUGUUAAAGAAAGUGUAGAAUUGCCUUUAAGAAACAAUGGUAAAAUAUUUUGUUUUUGUUUUAAAUCUAGAGACUGUGGAAUAAGCAUCAUGUAUUGUGGAAAUGACUUCUGGCUGGACUCUGUAGGGUGGAACACAAAUGGGAAGGAUUCCUCAACUUAAUGGUUUCUGGAGACAAGGAAGUGUAAGAUAUAUGUUGGGGAAAGGAGGAAAGCGGAAGUUUGAUGAGCAUGAAGAUGGGCUGGAAGGCAAAGUUGUGUCUCCUACUGAUGGUCCAUCUAAGGUGUCCUACACCUUACAGCGCCAGACUAUCUUCAACAUUUCCCUUAUGAAACUUUAUAACCAUAGGCCAUUAACCGAGCCCAGCCUGCAAAAGACAGUUUUAAUUAACAACAUGUUGCGGCGAAUCCAGGAGGAACUCAAGCAGGAAGGCAGCUUGAGGCCUGUGUUCAUCACUACUUCACAGCCUACGGAUCCUCUUGGAGAUAACUUCCGAGAGGUUCAGCCUGCCUUUAGCCAUCUGGCAUCUCCGCCAGCGCACCCCACAGACUCAGCAAGCACUACGCCCCUGGAGUCCUGCCUCACCCCUGCCUCUCUGCUUGAGGAGGACACUUUUUGCACUUCCCAGACUAUCCCGCCAGAUGGUCCUACAAAGCUCCCACCUCCAACUAUCCAACCAGUAAAGGACAGCUUCUCCUCAGCCUUGGACGAAAUUGAGGAGCUCUGUCCAACACCUACCUCCGCUGGGGCAGUGGCAGCUGCAGCAACAGCAGAAACCAGAGUGUCGGAGAAUCCUAAAGAGAAUGCCAGUGAAUCCAGCACCCAGAAGCCCGAGGGAGCCCAAGAGAGCAGAGUAAAUGAGCCUAAAUUACUGGACUCUUUACCUGGUAAUUUUGAGAUCACAACCUCGACAGGUUUUCUUACAGACUUGACCUUGGAUGAUAUUCUCUUUGCUGACAUUGAUACUUCUAUGUAUGAUUUUGAUCCUUGCACAUCUUCGACUGGAGCUGCCUCAAAAAUGGCUCCUGUCUCCGCAGACGACCUCCUCAAAACUCUGGCUCCCUACAGCACCCAGCCAGUAACCCCCAGUCAGCCUUUCAAAAUGGACCUUACAGAACUGGAUCAUAUAAUGGAGGUGCUUGUUGGGUCUUAAAAGUAACUUUCUAAACACUUGGUAGUAUUUUCACAACCAUCCCCCUUGACAGAUCUGCCCAGAUACACACACACACGCACCCAUACAAACACACUCACCCCACUGUGCAUGUAUCUUUGCUUGUCUCUUUUUGUUAAAGAAUCACACUAGUUUUUGCUUCAAGCAGAGUUGGAGUGCCUUCAUCCAUGUAUGACCACUUUUAAUGUAUUUUUGAAAGUGGUUCCACAAGGGAGACCUGAAAUCCUGAUAUAGGAAAAAAUGCAUAUUGUAAACAAUAUUAAUAUGUUUGACAAAAAAUGAAUUGUAAAAGCUAAGCACAAGGAUUAUGUUGCGGGAAAGCUGUAAAUUGCAUGUGCAUAUUUGUCUAUUUUUUCUAUAAGUUUUAUUGCAAGAGGUUUAAAAUAUUAUUUAGAUAAUUGCAGUACUUUUUUGGCAUUUUAGACCUGUUUAGGUUGACUUAGCAAUUCAGCCUUUUUAGAGGUAUUCAUUAUUCCUCUUUAAAUGUUGCAUUUACAUGGCUCUUUAGAAACUGCUAUCCAAAUUUAUUUUAUAUUUUUGUACAGAUUGUGCAAUUUAUGAUAUUGGGGAUCUUUCUUAAAAAAAGAAAAAGGAAAAAAAUGCUGUUUAUACUCAACACAAAAAAGGAAAUAGCUAUUUUGGUAGGAUUUGCUCACCCAGUUUCUGCAUACACCUUCUGAUGUACAAGAACUGCUUGUAGUUUUAUACAGACAUGUAGUGUUUUUUAUGUGUAUAAUGGUGCAAAGAGAAAUUUGGAUCAAAUCAAUCUACACUUGGGCUCCCUGAAUCCAGACACACAUGCUUGAAGGAAAAGGCCAAGGGCUCUUCCCUGAAAAGUUUCACAAAUAUUUACUCCCUGCUGUGUACUACUGUGAUUAACAAAAACCUUAGAGCCAUGUAUAUUCCAACACUGAUGUCAAACAGUUGGCGGGAAAUAGCUGUGAAACUUCUUUUUGAUUAAACUUCUUCCUUCUUCCCACUCCUACCCUCAAAAUGAUCAAUACUAAAAUUCUGAAACGUUUAAAAAAAUAUAUUGAAGGCCAGACUUUAGUCACAAUCCAACACAAGGCUGAGUGUCCCUAAGCCUGUUGGCUUGAAUUCUACCUGUUUGUUCCUUUCACGGCAGGGGAGUCGUGCUCCUGGAAGACUCUUUUUGUGAGAACGACUUCCCUUCUGUUCACAGAGCAGAAACCUAGAAAUAAAGUCAUAAAAACACGUGGCUGAAAGCAGAAGUGCUCUACCUGCUUACAUGUGAGUAAAUCCCAUUGAACUGAGCAGGACUUACUUAGGGAGGUAGAAUGGACUUUGUGUUGCGACCACUGUGGGUUCAUCUCCUUUUAGAAUGCCAUCAAAUCAUUUGGUAUUGGUUUUGGAUGGCCGCAUCCCUACAAGUGUGGCUGAAGCUGUUCAUUACUUCUUUUUGUUCUGUUCUGUUUUAAAGAAAAUAAUUCUUCUUUGGCUGCAUGUUAACUAUGCUUACUUGAAAGAAAGUUGCAUUGAAGUCAAUGGAGUUUCCUUUCAAGGAAAUGUGUUUAGGACAAGGGGGGAAGUGUCCCUCUGUCUCUCUUACGGUGUAAUGCUAAUUUACCGUAUUCCUUUGAAUUAGGCUUAUGAUUACCCUUGCCCUUUGCUUGGAACAUUAUUGCUGUUCACUGUAUUGACAAGUGCUGAAAAAAGGCAACUUCAGUAUUACUGCAGUGAAAUCAUCUCUCGCCGGCACUGGAUGGACUUGCUCGGAUAUCCUUUGCUGUCAGAACUGGAGCUGAUCAUGUUAUGAACACUUGGUGUCUUUGCCAGGGUCGGUUUCUUGGAUCGCCUGUGUUACCUGCUUCACACUUUAUUAUAAGGCCUGUUUUACAACGUGUAGACAACUGCAGCUCUCUCUAUGCGUGUUCCCUUCCCUCUGAAGGCUUCUCAUGACUGCACCUGUUGCAAUUUUUCCCCUCGGUAUUCAUGUGAUGUACAUUUAUUUGAAAGAAAACUUGCAAUGUUAUCAUGCCUGUUGCUCAAAUUGCUAUGGCAUAUUAAUUUGAAAUGGUACUUAAGAGCGCAGGUUACAAACUAUAUUGUUGAUAUGCAUAUGGCUUCUUUAGGAAUAACUUUUAUAUUUAUUUAAUAAUUUUUAAAUUAUGUUUUAUGUAAUUUGGCAAUAGUUCUGUUCACUUCUUGUCAUGGAUAAAAGGAAUUGGGUCUUGUCUGCCUUUAAGAAGGCAGCUUUGUAAAACUGGCACUUUAGAACAGGCCGUAUCUAUUUAUUUAAAAUACUUUUAAUGUAUUAUGUGUAAUGCACACACAGCUCUUCAUUCCUCUACAAAUCAACCUUGCAAUUAGAGACUUGCUUCUCUAAGCCAAAUAGCAUAAUUAGCAAUUAAAUCCUAAUUGGUCAAUCAGUUUUUAAUACCUUGAAAAGUCUAAGGGCACAGCCAUCCUGUGCUGUGCUUAGAAGAAAAAAACGGUCAUGGUUGCUGGACAUUGUAGGACUUUCCCUGUCUAAACAUGCACAGGAUCAUGCCCCUACUCACUCAAAACAGGGUGGUCAUGAAAUAAUUGAUGCUGCAUGUUCUUCUGAUAGAACAUUUUUGCCCAUAUUGGUAGUGAUGCGGGAAAGGAGAAAAACUGGAAUGUUACAAUUUAGAUUGCAAGCAACUCUGGGCCUGGGCCAGUUCUUGAAAGUACCAUGUGCCUGACCAGUGCUGUAGAAAUUACAAUGAUAAAAGAGCUCAUCACAUAAAUUCUUGUAGUGUUGGCAUCUGGCCUUGUCAAUAACUAUAACUGUGACUUGCCCACAGAAAUUCUUGCAAGUCCACUGACUCAGACACAGUUGGCAUUCAUCAUGUGUAAAAUAUCAGCAGUUCACAAAGGAGCCACCUGAUUUGCAGCCUGCUAGGUCAGCUGGAGAGGUUGAGGGACUGCUAGGCACAACGCUGGGUCCAGAUCCUCAAGCAGUGGAGUGUUGUUACCUGAAGUGUCAGGUACAUCAGGUUGCUCCACAAGUGCAGCAGUCAUACAGUUGCUAAACUUCGGAGGUUCAGGCUGAAAUCUCUAUGCCGUUACAAGGACUGGGAAGGGGGAGAACCAACAGUGCGAACAAACAUUCACCUUACCAUUGUUAAAAUCUGAUUUUACACUUAGCUUAGAAACAACUGCCCCCUUCUUUGGACUCACUAAAAGAGUAUUUAAACAAGUACCAUAUGUUGGGAAAGAAUUCAAAUGAACGCCAUUUUUGAGCAAAGCAGUCUGUUUGUUUUUCAAACACUAGUCUAAGUCCCUCAGAAAUUUUGCAGCUGGAGUCCUCUUAGAGCAUUGUUAUCUGGGGCAAAUAGGUGGCAGCUGUGGUAAGCAGUGCAACUCCUGCAUAGAAUUAUGUCCCCAGAUGACUUGUGCUUUAUACUUUGCAUUAUGGUCCUUGCAAGUAUCACUUGAAAUACUUCUGCCCUUGGAUAUCUUCUCUGCUCCUACGGUGUGACUCCACCACUGGAAGAAUUUAACAGGCCAGGAUUUCUCUUCUCCCUCACUGCCCCAAACAUCCAUAAAUGCUGUGGAAAUGUUAGUGACACUCACGUGCAAUGAAGUGACAAGAAGGGAGCAGAAUUAAAAAAAAAAAGCUUUUGAAUUUGAAGUGAUUUUUUUCCAUUUUGUUUUUCGUAAGUUAUUUAUUCCUUUUAUUUUCCUUUUGUAAAUAUAUUUAUUUUAUUGUGAAGCUAACAACAUCUGGAUUGUAACAUGUACAGAAUGUAUGGUAGGAAUGUAUUCUCUUGUAGGACUAUAAAUCCAUGCAAGAGGGGGAUGAAAGUUAGGUUUGGGGGUCCUUAACUGGACAUUAAGAUUCAGGAGACAUUCAGAAGAUUCCCCACCAUCACCACCAGGUCCCUUCCUGCUUUUCUCCACGAUGAGAAUUAUGCAAAAAAGUUUAUAAACUUAAUUGUACAGAUCAAAUUGUUUGGUAUUGGUGGUUACUUUUGAAAGGGCCAGAUCCUCUUUAAAUUUGCUGAGCACACCCUAGGCUCCAGCAAGCCUUCACCGUACCAUCUUCUUGCAUGUUUUGCGCAAUCCUGUACAUGCCCGCUCACGGCCCACUGAGUUCAAAGGGGCUUCCUCCCAGGUAAGUGUGUGUAGGAAUGCAGCCUUAGAGACCUGAAGCAGCAUAUUCACACACUAGUAGCUUGAACUGGAUGGAGCUCCCAGGAGCACUGCAGCUUCAGGCAUCCGAGUAGGCCUGCUGAUGUAACUGAGCGUGCUCAGUUUUGGCAUUUCUGUCUCCCUCCAGGGAUUCCUGCAAGCCAGGGCUCAGGCACCAUUUUCCUACUGAGGAGUCCCAGUGGGCCUGUGCAGAGCUGCUCAUUCUAUCAGCACAGCCUCACGUACACAUCAGUUUGUAAGGUGCUCCCUUUUCUGAUUGAGCGUCUAAUUUGGAAAGGCCACCCCGUUAUGUCUGGGGGUCAGAGUGGGGUUGGGAGCCACAGUCAACCAACAGAAGAUUGCUCUUCAUAUAUAUAGAAUUUUUUGGCUAAGGUGAUCUAGUAGGCUUGCUUCAAAGACAACAUCAUCUUUACAAAGCAUCCUUUAAAAGGCUUUGGACCAUCUUAAGUGCUGCAUACGGUGCUAGUAAAAGCACAGCCUUUUGUGGAGCGGUGUUAGAAGAAGCCUAUCACUAAUCUGCUGGCAAAUGUAAAGCCCUUUUUGUGUGCAUCCAGUCCUCUGCUAGGGAGUCUGCAGGGGCUCUGCACAAAACGAGCAGUGCAGAAGCUAGCAAGCUGCAAUUGGAAAGCGGAGUCCCGUGACGCAGUGGAUUCUUCACUGCCUCCCAGAUGUGAAUUGCACAGCUACUAGUUUGUUGAAUGAUGCAUGGCUUACAGAGAUCAACUUUCUUGGACCUUGGAUCCUGUGUGGGCAAUUGGCAGGAUUUUGCGCCGAACAAAACCUACGUACAUGUGUAAAUAUACUAAGUAUGUUUACACGUAUGAGCAUUUGCUUCCACUUUUUCUUUCUUUUGAAAGGAAGUCGUUAAUGUGGGUGUCAGUAGGAGGCUUAAUCCUGAGAUUGUUGGCACAAAUUUAGAGAAUCAGACAAAUGUUGCAGUGGUUUACAGAUGCUGUGGGACAGGAUAAAGCAGUUCUGAUUCACAGGACUCUCUCAGAAGUGCUUUUCUACUGGUUUGAAACCAAAAUGCAUCACUUCCACCUUCUUGGCAGACACCUUAUUGGCAAGAACGCAGAAAGCACCCAGUGCAUCUAAGCUACAGACAGAGUUAAGCAGGCAGGUGCUGACCUCCACCAGGUCUUCCUUGGGAAAUAGUUCUGUUGAGAAGUAACAGGCAUCAGGGCCGUCCCUGCAUUAUGGUUUGCAGGGUUCUUUGGGGAAGUUCUUGGACUAAUCAGUUUGGAGGGUAGAUGCUCUGAUGCAUAGUAGCAGGAAUGCCUCAGUAUCAUCUGAGCUCUCCCUGCUUCCUUCUGCAGAGCAGUUGAUCUGUGUGGGAGGAAAAGGCGACUUCCUGGGCAGGAUGGGGCGCAGCAGAAGCUGUGGGUGUGCAGCAUCCUUAUGCACUGAGUCCCCUGACCAUGCAGCACACUUGCUGUUCCAGGGACUUGGUCUGGUAAAAAAUUUUUACCAUCACAUGCAGGAAGGAUACAGAAAGUUCUUGCCCCAAGUGUCAUCCUUAGUGUCUCCAGUUGCCUGUGCCAGCUGCAAGAGAAAUGAGAUCACCCUUUGUCAAGUUGGCCAGUUUGGGAAUGAACUGUACAGUGUGAUUCUCCUGUUGUCUUCUAGAACCUGACUUACGAAUCUAAAGUUUACAGUUGAAAAAAAAUUGAGCAAAUGUAAAUGAGUUCUCCAGAGAAAAUGGUUCAUUGGCUCUAGAAUGUAAUUUUGUCUCUUAAAAGAACAAAAAACACAUACAAACCAGGAUCUUGCUUUUAUUAAUAUUUCAGUGCUUAUAAUAUAAUGGCUGAACUUUUAUUUGGAAUUUUAGCUCAUUUUAUAGCCUUUUGUUUUCAUUGUUAUGCUAAAAAUAAUCCUAAUGCAAAUUUUGGAUUUUAUUUUAAAUUAAACCAAUUUUUUAAAACCUAGUAGAUGCUUAACAGUGUAAUCCAUACAAGAUCUCUCCAGGCAGAGAUUCCAGAGUGGGGGGAGGUGUAAAUAGUCAGGACACAUUUGGUGCACGGUUGUUUAAAGACAAGGCGUGUUUCUCUGUCAAAAAGGUUGUAUUUUCUUUCCCCCAUCCUUCCCCCCGAACCACAGACCUUAGAGCUGUGCCUUUUCUAUGCAAUAUUACAGACAUAUACAUCUGAAACCAGAUUACUGUAUUCACUUGUAGGUAUGGGCUGUAAUCAAACAAACCGUUGGGCAAAUUACAUGAAAAUGAGCAGUCUUACUUUUGUAGUUUUAUAUUAUACAAUAAACAGUUUAAAAAGAA